AUGACGGUCCGAUGGUCAUGCCUCCGAAGAUAUACCGGUACGGGUGUACAUGUUUCGACUUUGAAUUUGAAAGGGAAAGGUGCAGGUACAACGAACUGUCCUGCUAGAUUGUACUGUCUUGGUCGUGAUGACAAGGUGCGAGUUAGGUUUGGACCAAGUCCCACUGGAAUGUUACAUUUAGGGGGCUUAAGAACGGCUCUAUAUAACUAUGUUUUUGCUAAAGCAAAUAAUGGUACUUUUAUUAUUAGAAUUGAAGAUACUGAUCAAACCAGGUGUAUUGAGGGUAUGUCCCAGAAACUGGAAAAUGACCUGAAAUGGGCUGGAUUAAUUCCAGAUGAAAGUCCAAAAAUAGGUGGAGAUUAUGGUCCAUACUUACAGUCUCAAAGAUUUGACUUGUAUCAAAAUGAAAUAAAGAAACUCCUUGAUAAUCACAGUGCCUAUCAUUGUUUUUGUUCUUCUAAAAGACUUGAACUAUUAAGAAAAGAUGCUGCACGAAGAGGUGAACAACCUAGAUAUGAUAAUAAAUGUAGAAAUUUAACAUCCACUGAGGUUAGGGAAAGACAUGAAAGAGGGGAUCCAUUUGUAGUUAGAUUAAAGAUGGAAUCAUCAAAUGAAUCUUUUGAGGAUCUCAUUAAAGGGCCUAUUUCUCACAAUGUAGCUGACAUAGAGGGAGAUCCAGUUCUCUUAAAAACUGAUAAAUUUCCAACCUAUCACUUCGCUAAUGUAGUUGAUGAUCAUCAUAUGAAAAUAACUCACGUCUUACGAGGUGAUGAAUGGUUAACUUCUACACCAAAACAUGUGAUGCUAUAUAAAGCUUUUGGAUGGGAAAUUCCAAAGUUUGCUCAUUUGCCACUUAUUUUGAACAGAAACGGAACUAAGUUGUCAAAACGCCAAAAUGAUAUUCAGGUUGAAUAUUUGCGUCAAAGUGGAUAUUUUCCAGAAGCUGUUAUAAAUUACGUUACUAAAGUAGGAGGUGGAUUUAAAUCUGAAAAUCUUACUGGAUUAAAUAUCUCAGACUUAAUUUCUUUGUUUGAUGUGAAGUUGAUAAAAUCAAACAGUGGCAGAUUGGAUCCAAGAUUUCUUGAAGAGUCCAACAAAAAACAACUGGUAAAAAAGCUAAAAGAUGAUAGGCAAACAUUAGUAGCAAAGGCUAAAAAAUUAAUGGAAGAGACAUUUCCUGUAAAGUGCAAAUCUUUUUUAUUGUCUGAAAAUGAUUAUGUUAGGAUAUUAGAAUGGGGAAUUUCAGAGGGUAGAGUGACCAAUCUGUGUGAGCUAGUUGGACCAAAGUUUAACAUAUUAUGGUCAGUGCCCACCAGUGAUCAACUGAAAGAGUUCUCAAAAGUCAUAGACUCAGAAAAAGUUUUGCACGAUUGCAAAGAAAGGUUAAAAGAAUUAAAUGUUUUUGAACAAAAUGUUGUUUUGGAAGUUUUACGGUGCCAUAUGAAGGAGGAAAAUCUUUCCCCAAAACAUUAUAUGUCAUUUAUAAGAAUGUCAUUGUGUGGAUUAAAAAAGGCGGCACCAGUAGCAGAAAUAUUAAUGGUAUUGGGGAAGAAUGAGUCUAUAAAUAGACUACAAAGUGCAUUUCAAAAGCUAUCCUCCAACUAG